AUGGAAGCUGCUGCUACUCCUCAAUUGCCUAAGAAGAGAGGCCGAAAACCGAAGCCCAAAGAAGAUCAACAGCAGCAGCAGCAGCAAAGUGCUGGUGCCAAAAUGAAAGAGGGAAAGAAGGCACAACAACCCUCUGUUGAUGACAAGUACACUCAGUGGAAGUCUUUGGUUCCUGUUCUUUAUGACUGGCUUGCCAAUCACAACCUCGUUUGGCCAUCUCUUUCUUGCCGGUGGGGUCCGCAGCUUGAGCAAGCUACUUACAAGAAUCGCCAGCGCCUCUAUCUUUCCGAGCAGGCUAAAUGUCUUAGAGAUUUUAGUGUUCCAAAUACUCUGGUUAUUGCUAAUUGCGAAGUUGUCAAGUCUAGAGUUGCUGCUGCGGAACACAUAUCUCAGUAUGAAGGGAAGGAAAGUGAAAUGAUUGAAAAUGAAGGGAAAUUUAAUGAAGAAGCGCGCUCUCCAUUUGUUAAGAAGUACAAGACUAUCAUACAUCCUGGAGAGGUAAACAGAAUCAGAGAACUCCCACAGAAUAGUAAGAUAGUGGCCACUCAUACUGACGGUCCUGAUGUUCUUAUAUGGGAUGUUGAAACACAGCCUAACCGCCAUGCUGUUCUUGGAGCUACAAACUCUCGUCCAGAUUUGAUUUUGACUGGACAUCAAGACAAUGCUGAAUUUGCUCUUGCAAUGUGCCCAACUGAACCCUAUGUGCUUUCUGGAGUGGCUCUAGAGUUUGGGAAGGACAAGUCUGUAGUUUUGUGGAGUAUCCAAGACCAUAUAACAUCAUCUGCCACUGACCCAGCAACAAAGUCUGCAGGAUCUGGUGGAUCAAUCAUUAAAAAGGCUGGGGAUGGUAAUGAUAAAGCCACUGAUGGCCCGUCUGUUGGACCACGAGGUAUAUACCAGGGGCAUGAGGAUACAGUUGAAGAUGUGGCAUUCUGUCCAUCCAGUGCGCAGGAGUUUUGUAGCGUAGGAGAUGACUCUUGCCUUAUAUUAUGGGAUGCUCGAGCUGGCACUAGCCCAGCUAUCAAGGUUGAGAAGGCACAUAAUGCUGAUCUUCACUGCGUUGAUUGGAAUCCUCAUGAUGAUAACCUCAUCUUGACUGGGUCAGCAGAUACUUCUGUUAGCAUGUUUGAUCGACGGAACCUCACUUCUAAUGGAGUUGGUUCGCCUGUCUAUAAAUUUGAGGGUCACAAAGCUGCUGUUCUCUGUGUACAGUGGUCUCCAGAUAAGGCAUCUGUUUUUGGGAGUUCUGCGGAGGAUGGUCUCCUAAAUAUUUGGGAUUAUGAGAAGGUUGGCAAAAAGACUGAGUGCCUGAGUAGAGCCUCGAGUUCCCCUGCAGGAUUGUUUUUCCAGCAUGCUGGGCACAGGGACAAGGUUGUUGACUUUCAUUGGAAUGCAUCUGAUCCUUGGACGGUGGUUAGUGUGUCUGAUGACUGUGAUACCACUGGAGGAGGGGGACAUUGCAGGCCAGAAGAUGAGGUUUUGGCAGAGCUUGAGAAAUUCAAGUCACAUGUGGUUUCCUGUGCUUCGAAGCCUUGA